AUGGCACCCUACAGCUUCACACUCCUCCUCCUCCUGCUGGUGGAACCAUGGCAGUGGGGCCGGGGGUGCUGCACGGCCAUCCCCCGGGAGGUUCCGGGCAGAGCCGUGUCCCUCCCUGGCCCUGCAGCCCCACUCUCCAUCCCACAGGACGUGCUGAUCUUCCCGGAGCAUGGACACGGCCUCCGGCGGCAGAAGAGGGACUGGGUCAUCCCCCCUAUCAACUGCCCUGAGAAUGAGCCGGGACCCUUCCCCAAGAAGCUGGUCCAGAUCAAAUCCAACAAGGACAAGGAGACCAAGGUUUUCUACAGCAUCACGGGGCAGGGAGCGGAUACCAUCCCCGUGGGUGUCUUCAUCAUCGAGCGGGAGACGGGGUGGCUGGAGGUGACAAAACCCCUGGACCGGGAGGAGAAGGACAAAUACGUGCUCUACUCCCACGCCGUGUCGGCCAACGGGCAGCCCGUGGAAGACCCCAUGGAGAUCAUCAUCACCGUCACUGACCAGAACGACAACCGGCCCGUCUUCACCCAGGCAGUUUUCCACGGCUCUGUGCUGGAGGGAGCUGAGCCAGGCACAUCGGUGCUGCGGGUGCUGGCCGCUGAUGCAGAUGACGCCGUGAACUCCAGCAAUGGCGUUGUCAGCUAUUCCAUCCUGAGCCAGGCGCCGGAGGAGCCCCAGCCUGGGAUGUUCACCAUCAACAGCAGCUCUGGGUUGGUCUCCGUGGCCAUGGCAGGGCUGAAGGCAGAGGUGAGCCCCAGAAUGAGCCCCCACCGAGCUCACCCCCCACUUGUGGGUGACACAGCCCCUUGCCACAGGCGGUCCCUGAAUACACACUGGAGAUCCAGGCUGCUGACCUGGGGGGAUACGGGCUGCGAGCCACCGCCACCGCCCGGAUCAGGGUUCAGGUGA